CCCAUCCGCAUUACCUUGCUUUUUCCUCUGCCUUUCCCUGAUGAUGUGUGCCUUCAACGCCUGCCACAUCUGUUCGCUCCUCUGGGGGGGCCCCGUCGUCACCGCCGGCAUCUCAACUGCCGAGUAAAUUUCUUCGCAACUGAGUAAAUCAAGCAAAUUUGUGGGAGAGUUCAGACACUGACAAAAUUGACAAAUUCGUAGCAACGAGGUUAGGAGAAUUCUGGGAUGCUUGCAGGGGCUCGUAGAGGGGAUACCGCGUCUCUCAUUGGUGGAGGGGCCGUCGUCGCAUGAGAAUUAACUCCAUAACCCACGAGUUCGUUGACAUUUGGCGUUUGUCGAGCGGAAAAAUAAACAAAAUCGGUUCGUCGUCACAUCAACUUCAUUUUCAAUUGUUUAAUUUAAAAAAAUAACCAAAAUCGUUUCAUCAACAAAUCAACCCAAAAUUUCAAUUGUUUAAUCAUCGAUAAUUUGUGAAAAAUGAGUCUAUUAUUGACAACAGAAACGGGAUGGAUAAUAUCCCACCUGAAAUACAUCAAAACAAUUUACAGAGACAUUAAAAACAAAAAUCAACAAGACCAAGAGUUUGAAUUAAAUUUUUAUAACAAAUUGUUCGAUAUAAAUUGUCAAUACCUCCGGGAUAAUCAAUUUGAGAAGGCGAUUAACGGAGUAAUUAAGGAUAAUAAUGAUGACGAUGACAAGAAUAAGAGGAAGAGAAAGAGAAAGAGAAAAUUCGAAGUUGAUUCCUCGAUUUUGAAAGAAAUAAAAUUUGUUAAAGAGACUUUUGAGGGAAUAAUGAGUGAAAACGUGAGAGAGGAAUUUUUUCCGAGGACAGGGGGAGCAUUGGGGGUUGCGGAUAACAACAGGGAGGCUCGGGAGGGAUGCAACGAUUUUUUUCAGAGGAGUUUUAGAGAGUUUAAUGAGUUCCUUGGAAGAAACUCGAGGGGUGAAGCUGUUGUGGAGAGUAUCGAAGGGGUGGAGUAUGUCUUUCCUGAGAACUGUGAGUUCUAUUCACAUGAUGUGAGGAAUAUUGAGGGAGUGCUAGAGGGGAGGGAGUUUGAUUUCGUGCUGAUGGACCCUCCCUGGUGGAAUAAAUUCGUGAGGAGGAAGAAGGAGAGGAUGAGUGAGGCUGGGUAUAAGAUGAUGUAUAAUGAUGAGCUACUGAAGAUACCCAUUGGGAAAUUAUUAGCAUCGAAUGGGGUCAUUGGAGUCUGGUGUAGCAAUGCUCAGAGUCAUCAUUCCGAUAUUAUCGAGAAGAUCUUCCCGAGUUGGGGCAUUAAACCGAUUGGCACUUGGUACUGGGUCAAGGUAACACAGUCUGGACACCCAAUCUGCAAUUUCCGUUAUGAAUCCGUGAAGCAGCCUUAUGAAUUAAUUAUUUUUGGUGUUAAAAUUGGAAACGAUGAAGUUAAGAUUCCAGAUAAGAGGAUUGUGAUUAGUGUACCAAGCUCUGUACACUCUCACAAGCCCCCAUUAACAGAGGUGAUUAAACAAUUUCUUCCCGAAAAUCCAAAGUGCCUGGAGAUUUUCGCACGAUAUUUACUGCCUCAUUGGACCAGCUAUGGAUUAGAAGUAUUAAAAUUUCAACAUCAGUGGCUUUUUAAAUGAGAGAAAAAACUUGAAAAUCAUCAUUAAAUUUUAAAUAAAAUUUGUUUUCACACGAA